AUGGAGACGAAUGGACCGAAGAGGUCGCGGGUCCGGGACCAAUUAAACAGUCUUAAGCAUUUCCAACAGCACUCACGCCUUCACUUCAUUGGUCAAUGGAAGACGAAGGCACAUGAUUUGUUUAAGGAGUGGUUCGCGGAGAAUCCUGCUUGGAAUCACGGCGUCCUUGAUCGCCAAGCAAUCUUUGCGCAUUUGGAUAUGGAUGCCUUCUUCUGCAGCGUAGUAUUGGCGAGGGAGGAGAAUGCUCAUCUUCGUGAUAAGCCGGUUUGCGUUGCAGCCGGGCGAGGAAACAGUGACAUUUCCUCUUGUAACUACGUUGCGAGGUCUUUCGGCGUUCGUGCAGGCAUGUACGUCAACGCUGCGAGGGUUCUUUGCCCCGACUUGCGUGUUCUGAGUUAUGACCUCGAGCGGAGUGGAGAGGUGGCGAUGUGUCUUUACCGCAUGAUCUUCGAGCUCUGCCCUGCUCACCUGACCAUGUCCGUUGAGGUCUACAGUGUUGACGAGGUGAUGAUCGCGUUCGACACUGAUAGCUAUGAGGCGGUGGAAGACUACUGUAACGAAGUCCGUCGUGAGCUGGAAGCUGCCACGAAGUGUACGGUGUCUUGUGGGAUCGGGCCUAAUGUGAUGCUUGCCCGAAUCGCAACGCAAUCUGCAAAGCCGGAUGGAACGUUCAUUGUCCGCCCUGAGGACGUGACGGCAAUCGUUUCGCAGUUGCCUUUUUCGGAGAUACAUGGAGCGGGGAGUUCAACUAUUGCUAAGUUGGUGCCUCUACUGGGUGAUUAUCUCGGGGAUAUGGAAGGCGUAGGUGAGGAAAACAUUUUGUGUCAGCACGUUCAGAAGUUGACGAAGCAGCAACUGCAGCGUGUCCUCGGGCAAAAGACGGGAGAAAACUUCUAUAACUUGUGCCGGGGUAAUGAUGUGCGUCUGGUGACCCGUACUGGCGACGAGGAAAAUCAAAGACUAAUGGGAAAGAGGACACGUGCAAGUAUUGGUUGCUCAAUGAAUUAUGCCGUUCGACCUAAAACUGUUGAAGAUGUAUGGAGCAUCGCCAGGCAGUUGCUGGAUGUAGUAUGUGCCAAGAUGGGGCGUGGUCCGUACUGCUGUUCCGGGCUAAGAGUUACCAUAUUGGAGCGGCACCCGCUGCACCCGAAGGAGACCCUAAAGUAUAUGGGAAGGGGAAAAUGCCUUGAGUUCCAUAUUCCCGUCAACUUCAGCUCCGUGCUGAAGUCUUGUGAUAUGGAAAUAAUGCUUGCUUGUGUAGAGCGCGCACUUGGGCCUCUCCUUGUCCUUGGCCGUACAAUGCGUGACGAGGAAAGGGUGGAGGAACUUGGCUUACAAGAAAGUACAAAGUCAGGGAUUAUUUGGACCGUUGGUGUUGACACCAUUACAGACAUUGUUAUUGAGGAUAUCCGUGGAAUGUCCAUACAAGCCACGGCCGUCCGUCUGGAGCACGAUGGGAAAGAUACUCCGAAGCAUACAACCGGCGUGCAACUGUCGCUUGCCGAUGCCUUUUCGAAAAGGGCGUCAAACCAGAAGGGGUCACUUGUAAAUGGAGGGAAGCCAGCGAAGAGGCCCCCAUCAUCUUCUGGGGACUCAAUAGACUUCCUCGCAUUGGAUGAUUUGAUGAACCACAAUGUGGACGAUUCAUUCGUCUCCGAGUGGAAGAAACUCGCCGUCCAAGCCGGUAAACAGGUUGACUACACAACACUGAAAGCCCUUAUCCGCAUCGCGGCUUUGAGGUGUGCCGAAAGCCCCAAACCUUCUGGGGAGAUGAAAGAGUUGUUUCGUACAUUAGUUUCUUUUGCACAAGGUUUAUUGCCUCACCCUGUUGCUUUUACAUAG